AUGAAAUUUCUGAGGGGGGCCCUUAAGUCAAACAAAGAUCAUCAUAGUGUGAAUAUUAGUGAUCUUCUUAUCGUUGUUCCUGUCUUUGCACAAUGCAUGGAUGUGUUCAGUUAUAUUAUUCCUUUCUUUCAAUCAUUUUCAGAAGCUCGCGGUGCAGCAGCAUCGGUGUUGCGACUAAUUGACGAAGAAAAUAAUGUAGAUGUCAAUGAAACAGAGGUAUGGAAAGAGGAUACAGAAUCGAUUUAUAAUAUCAAUGGUGAUAUUGAAUUUGACAAUGUUAACUUUAUUUAUCCAUCUCGAAAAGAUGCACCAGUUCUGCGUAAUCUCUCUCUUAUUGCUCGUGCUGAUCAGACAACUGCCCUUGUAGGUUCAAGUGGCUGUGGAAAAAGUACAUGUCUAUCACUUUUUCUUCGUUAUUAUGAAUCUUCAUCGGGUCAAAUCACAAUCGAUGGUCGGCUGAUAACAGAUUACAAUGUCCAACAACUUCGACAAAACAUUGGAGUUGUUAGUCAAGAACCCAUUCUGUUUGAUAUAAGUAUUUAUGAAAAUAUUCGUCUUGAUAAGAAAUAUGAAACAAUUGUUGGUGAACGUGGUAUACAGUUGAGUGGCGGUGAAAAACAACGUAUUGCAUUAUCUCAUGCUUUUGUCAAGCAGCCUACAUUUCUAUUACUGGAUGAAGCAACAAGUGCACUUGAUAAUAUUAGCGAAAAAAUUGUUCAAGAAGCGCUUGAUCGAGCAUGCAAAGAUCGUACAACUAUUGUAAUUGCUCAUCGUUUGACUACAAUUCAAAAUGCUCAUCAAAUAUAUGUAUUAGAUAAUGGAAGUGUGAUUGAGCAAGGUACACAUGGAACAUUGAUGGCAAAAGAAGGAGGUAAGUAUCAAUCAAUGGUCAAAUGUCAACAAAUGGGAAGAACCGAUGAUGAUAAAAUUGAUAUAAUGAGCAUGCAAAAAAGGACAGAAGAUGAUGAAAAAUCGAUAAUUGAACGCACUCGUUUUCUUAGCGAUUGUCAAACUGUUGAUGCGAACAAACAAAGUUCAAAACCAUUCAAACAAAGAUUUGUCUCUUUAAGACUCUUGUCAAUGAAUAGUCGUAAAUGGAUCACCAUCUUGAUUGGUUGUAUAGCAUGUUUACUUAAUGGAGCAGCUCAACCAAUGUUCGCACUUUUACUUGCCAAAAUAGUCGAUGUAAGUGAUCCACUCGUAUAA